AUGUCCAAACGAUCACUACUGUCUCUUGGACUCCCCAAGGACUCGCUUUCUCUUUUGACGCGUCAUGGCUACGAAAAUGUGCCGGACCUCCUCACCGCGACUCCGGAGUCAUUGGCCAGAGACCUUGGGAUAUCUUUGGAACAAGCCGAUGGGCUACUGGAACGCGUUCGAAAGCCGCAAACGCCUCUGACCACCCUUCCAACGACCCAAUCAGUAGCAACGAUGGUUCAUCAAGCGUCCCGAAUCCCGACUGGAAGUUCUUCUCUCAAUAAGAUGCUGCAAGGUGGUUUACUGAGGGGCCACGUCCUGGAAUUAUCUGGACCUCCAGGAAGUCCGAAAGAGAGACUCUCGAUGAGCAUAGCCUCCGCGUUCGUAAAUGUUGGAGAAGAAAUCCUAUUCGUCGAUUGCCAAAACAUGACCAGUUCUUCCGUGCUGAUUAACACUUUGAGAAAGUCUCUGAAAGGAAGAUCAGACAUCCAACGUUAUGUGCACUACUUUUGUAUGCAUACCCUACCCGAACUUCUGUUCUUUGUGUAUCAGCUACCCAAGCUCCUGGCGUUGCAUUCGAAGAUAUCUUUGCUUGUCAUUAAUUCAGUCUCCUUCCCGUUUCAAAACCCUGGGGUUGGCAUUUCCCAAAAGAACGGACAACUGGAUAAGCUGAAGCAGGGCUUGUCCAAGGCGAGCGCAUCGUCCAAUCUGACCAUUGUGACGACAUCGCAGCUCGCCACCAAGGCGCUGAACGCAGAUGGAUCAUCGGGAACCUUCGAUUCCGGCGCACGAGGAGUCAUGCUGCCUCAGCUUGGACCGGGAUAUCUCCCAAAUGGCAGGAGCUAUCGAAUUUUGGUUGCCCCUGAUAGUCCAACCUCAGGUGUCCUCAAGUUGCUCUCGUCUCCGAAACAUUCCUUGGGAAGCGUGCCCACCAUCGUUGAGCCUUACUCCACUACGGAAAUAGGUGUCAUUUGA